UAGAUUUCAAUUCUUUGAGGAAAAACCAGAAAAGGUAAAGAAUCAAGGAAGAAGGAAUGGAUGAAGAAGAAGGAGGAGGAAUAAGGUUAAGCAAGAGAUUUUCAGACAAAGGAGGAGAGGUUGAUUACAAAACCAAAGCAGGCACCGCUUGGUCUCAUUCUUACCUCAAUCAGAAGCCAUGGCACCCUCUUUCUUACCCUAAUCAACGCCGCAAGUGGAUCGCCGAGCAGACUCACGCCCAGCGAGAACGCCGCGCCGAAGAAGUUGCCCGCGAGUAUGCUCAGGAGCACGAAUUUUUCCGCCAGACAGCUCUCGUCUCCAAGAAGGAGAAAGAAAAGAUGGAGACGAUGAAAGCUGUUAGCUUUAUGUAUGUCAGACCACCUGGUUACAAUGCAGAGAGUGCUAAAGCUGCAGACAUGGCUGAUGAGAGGAAGAAGCAAGAGCAGGAGCAAAAUAACACUUCCCAAGGACCAUUUGAACACGGUGCUUCCACGUCGAUGAAGCACGAAUCUUUGCCUUCUAGUGAGGAGAAAAAGAAGCCCAGGCCAAAGGAUGUCUUUGGUCGUGCCUUGCCAACAGAAGAACAAUUUGAAGUCCUUAAGAAUGCUCCAAGGCUAGAGACAGGUGUUGCUGGCAGGUCCAAACCAUUUGGAGUGGAGAUACGCAAUGUAAAAUGCUUAAGAUGUGGAAACUUUGGCCAUCAAAGUGGUGAUCGUGAAUGCCCAUUGAAAGAUGCUAUAAUGCCUAGUGAAGAGAAUAGAUUGAAAAGAGAUGAUCCUUUAACAGCUAUCCAGGCUCUGACAGAUGUGAAUGAGCCAUUUAAGUGGGAGCUGAAACAAAAGCCAGGAUUGAGUCCCGUUCGAGGUGGGUUUAGGGCUGAUGAUCCAAACCAACAAAUCGUUGCUGAGGACAUAUUUGAUGAGUACGGAGGGUUUCUAAGUGGAGAUAACAUCCCUGACUUGCUGGCCAAUUUUUCAUCAAGCGAGCCAAAGAAAAAGUCAUCUAGUAAGAGGAAACAUAAAAGGCAGUUAUCACCUACUGAAGUAAGUGGUAGAGAAAAGUGGUCAUCUUCCAGUGAUGAUGGUGGCAGAAGAUUGGAGAAGAAGAGACACAAGAAGUCAUCAAGAAAGCAUUCUCACUCAAGUUUGGCAGAUAACUUAGAUUCCAACAUGCUUCAAAAGGGUAACAGAUCAUUGGCUGGUGGUGAUAGGGAUAGACAUUUGAAGAAGAAAAGAAGUGAUAGGAAAUCACAGAAGCAUUCAGUGUCAAGUUUGCAAGAAAACUCUGAUUCUGAUGUGCCAUAUGAUCAUCGAGAUAAUGGGUCAUCAUCUGGUGAUGAUAGGAAAAGGAGAUCAAAGCUGUCAUCAUCUUCUGGUGAUGAUCAUGGGAGGAGAUUGGAGAAGAAGAGACAUCAUAAGUCGCCAAGAAAGCAUUCUCGCUCAAGUUUGCCAGAUAAGUCAGACUUUGACAUGCCAUACAAUAACCGAAAUGACCAUAGGUCAUCAGCUGGUGGUGAUAGGAUUAGUAAAUUGAAGGACAGAAGACAUGAGAAGAAGUCAAGGGUGCACUCAGAGUCAAGUUUGCGAGAAAACUCAGAUUCUGGUGUGCCGUAUAAUCACCAAGACGAUGGGUCAUCAUCUGGUGAUGAUCGAAAAAGGAGAUCAAAAAAGAUACAUAAGAGGAAGUCACCAAAGCAUUCUUACUCAAGUCAAUCUGAGAUCUCUGACUAUGAUAGGCAUUGCAGGAGCAGUAGGCACAAGCAUUCUCAUCCAACCUCAUCUGAGAAUUCGGACUCUGAUGGGCAUUACAGAAAUCGUCGUCAUCGUCAUGGUUAUCGCCAUUAGAAUUGUGUCUUUUUUCUGGUUUGAUCUUUUGAAACCACCAACGAUCCUUCCAUGAAGCUGCACCAAACUAAUACAGUUAGACACACCCGAGAGGUAAUGAGCGUUCACUGCGUCAGACACUCUACACAGCAGCUUUUUGCAUUUAGAUCUAAAUUUGCCUCCUUUCUCUCAAUACAAAGCUGAAGAACAAAAAUGAUGGUGAAGCUGCAGCUAUAGGUGUUCAAGAUUUAUGGGGACCUGUUUUUGCUUAAAGCUGAUGUAAGAUGGAGUCAAAUGACCUUCGUGGUGAAAGGAGAAAUUCACUUCCCUGUUCAACACUCCUGUUCUUGGGGUUACUGAUACAAAAACAUCACUGCAAUUAUUCUUUGGUUUAAAGUUUAAAUGCAUAAUCUUGACUUCAGGCUCUCAUGUCGUUGCAGGGGGUUGAAAUAUUUGUAAAAUUUCCCUCCCUCAACCCAAGAGCUUUGGUGUAAAAAGACUGUCUAUUAGUCAGUUGAAUACUCUAAACAGGCAAGUUUAAAAGCUUGGAAUCUUUCAGCACAAUUGGUUUGUUUCAAUACACUGGUAGAUCUAUGGCAUUAGAUGUUUUUUAAGUUA